AUGCCGCCAGCAGUACCACUUCACAACACCAGCAACCUCGCCAAAUUAGCGCGUCGGGCCCUGGUCACAGCGGGGCCGGCUGUCGCUUCGCAGGCCUCGCAUCACUUCGAGCGCCGCGGAUUGAGUGUAAAUCAUACUCAAGGAGUUACGCUAGGUGUUAUUGCUGCAUAUGUUGUUGUUAUUGCGUUGUUGUGGAAUUUACCGUAUGUGCGAUGGGUGUUGUGGCCGUUCAAGAUGCUAGUCAUUGCCUUCCACGAAUUCUCCCAUGCAAUAACGUCUUGUUGUACUGGUGGGCGAGUAGAAUCAAUCUCUCUUGAUCCUCAUGAGGGAGGUGUGACACACAUGCGCGGCGGCAAGCAAUUCAUUACUCUCCCUGCUGGCUACUUGGGGUCUUCAUUGAUCGGCGCUUUACUUACGUUCUGCGGUUUCAACAUCGUGGCCUCCAAAGUAGCGAGUAUCGUGCUAGGCGUAUGUUUCCUACUGACAUUGUGGUGGGCGAGAAAAGACUGGUUGACGAUUGUGACCAUUCUGCUCAGUGUAGGGUUGCUUGUGGCGUUCUGGUUCAUCGAACAUGGCGAAGCGUUAAGGUUCAUGGUCCUCUUUAUCGGCGUCAUGUCUUCUCUAUACAGCGUGUGGGACAUCUGUGACGACCUCAUCCUCCGCAAGGUUAAUUCUUCCGAUGCCAGCGUCUUCGCCAAGCGGUACGGCGGUUCAUCGCAAUGCUGGGGCGUCAUCUGGUCACUUGUCUCGUUGAUUUUUAUGGUUUGCGGAAUCCUCGCGGGGUUGGCAGCCUUCAAACAGAGUUUCGAACAGCAAGAGAAGGACAGUCAAGACUUUAUUCCUACCGUGCGCAUGAUGAUGCGGAUCGUUCCACGACAGCGAAAUGACAUAGUGUUCACCUCUCAGCGGAGAAAAGAACAGGUCCCUAUGCGGAUCUAG